CCUACCAAGUGCUUCUAAAUUUGAUUGUUCACAGCCUUCUUUGAAGCUCACUUCUUUCAUUCCCUCCUUAUUCAAUGACUACUCAUCAGCUUUCCAUUGUGUUGGCUAUGUUCUUCCUUCAACUGUUCUUAAGUUCUCAAUCUCAUUCAUCAGUGUUCACAAUGGUAAACAAAUGCAGAUACACAGUUUGGCCAGGGGUUCUGUCAGGUGCUGGAACAACACAGAGUUCUCCAACAGGUUUCAUUCUUAGACGAGGCGAAUCAACAUCCGUCUCGGUUCCAACAUCUUGGUCAGGUCGCUUAUGGUGUCAAACUCUUUGCACCGAGGACUCUUCUGGCAAAUUUUCUUGCCUCACUGGAGACUGCGGCUCAUCUACACUAGAAUGUUCAAGUAGCGGUGCUAGCCCUCCUGCCACUCUUGCAGAGUUUACAUUAAAUGGUGCUGGGGAAGUGGAUUUCUAUGAUGUUAGCCUUGUUGAUGGAUACAAUCUCCCAAUGAUGGUAUCCCCAAAUGGUGGAACUGGAGGUAACCGUACCUUAGCUUUUAUCGGUGGAGCCAUCACCAUUUUGGCUGCAAUGCGGCAGCUGUGGCAUCUCUUUUGACAAUGCCAAGCUGCUAACCAACAACAUUAGGAACUGUUUUCAUUGUGUUCCUUUUUCUAUAUGGCAAAUUUGGACCUCCGAUAGUUAGGUCCUAGCAAACCAUAAAAGCAAUUUGUAGCAUGAAUGGAUUUGAGUGAAGAGUGAGAGCUGGCGAUUGGACAUAAAUUCUGGGAACUGACAAUUAGUUCACUAUGUAACCUUUUUUUUCUCCUGGCAACUGUCGCCAAUGCCCAUGGAACUGAGUUCAUUUAUCUCUAGCUAUUUGUCUUAUAUGGAAGUGCAUUUUCGU